UUCCUCCGUCCACGUAUCGUUUGGCCCUGUCGAUGCUGUGCGCCCGCGGGAACAUGGAAACCGCGCUCAUGGUGUUCGACGUAAUGACUGCCGCGGGGUGUCAGGUGGACGAUCGCGUUUGCAGCGUGAUCAUUUCUGGCUUCUCCAAGGUCGGAAAAACUGGAGACGGGCUGGAAUUCUAUAGGAAGGUGAUGAGGAAGUUCAGUGGGUUUGAGCCAGGCUUGCUCACACUAACAGCUGUUGUCAAAUUGCUUGGCCGUGAGGGGAGAACUAGUGAGGUGGCACAAUUGGUAAAGGAGAUGGAGCGGAAGGGGUUGGUUGGUGAUGCUGUAUUCUACAGCAGCUUGGUUCAUGGAUACAUGAGUGGUGGAUUACUGAUGGAAGGACUCCGUGAGCAUCGGGUGAUGUUAAAUAAGGGAAUUGCAGCCGAUGUGGUUAGUUACACUACUGUUAUUGAUGGACUUUGCAGAGAAGGUAGGGUGGAAAAAGUGAUGGGGUUCUUGGACGAGAUGAACCGAAGGGACGCUAAGCCGAAUUUGAUCACUUAUACAUCAUUGGUUGGUGGUUUUUGCAAAAGAAACAGGUUGGAAGAUGCUUUUUCUAUAGUGAGGAAACUGGAACAAACGGGUGUUGUGGUGGAUGAAUAUGUUUACUCAAUUUUGAUUGACAAUUUGUGCAAAGAGGGAUACUUGGAUAGGGCUUUCAGUUUGCUUGAAGAGAUGGAUAAAAAGGGGAUAAGUGUUGGAAUUGUAACAUACAAUGCAAUAAUAAAUGGUUUAUGUAAGGUUGGUCACAUUGAGAAGGCUGUUGAAAUAUCUGAAGGUAUUUCUGCUGAUAACUUCACAUAUAGCACGCUGUUACAUGGUUACAUUAAGGGAGAAGAUGCAACUGGUGUCAUGGCAAUAAAAGAUAGGCUUGAGAGUAGUGGGAUUACAAUUGAUGUUGUCACAUGCAAUGUACUUAUCAAAGCGUUAUUUAUGAUAAAAAAGGUGGAUGAUGCCUGCAGCUUGUUUCUUAAAAUGCCUGAGAUGAGAUUAAGGCCUAAUAUUUUCACCUAUCAUACAGUCAUAGACAUGAUGUGUAAACUUGGAGAAAUUGACAGGGCAUUGCAGUUAUUUGAUGAUUACAUAAAAGAUGUAUUGUUCUCCAGUACAAUAGUGCACAACUGCCUGAAUGAAGCUUUGUGUAAUGGAGGAAAGGUAAACAUAGCUGAGCAGAUUUUUAUUGAUCUUAUCCAAAGAAAUUUAAGGCCUGAUCCCUGUAUUUACAAGAAGUUGAUCCAUACCCACUGUAAAGAAGGUGGUGAGAAUGGUGUACUGAAUUUCAUUCUUAAGAUGGAUGAAUUAGAAAUUGACUUCUUUUCAUCUGUAUGUAAUCAUGCUUCUGCUUUCUUAAGCACAAGGGAUUGCUACCGAGGAGCAUUGGAUGUUUACAAGCUUCUAAGAAUGAAAUCAUUUACCGUAACUAGCAAAACAUGCUACAGGCUACUCAAGUGCUUGCUCCGAAAUGGUCAAGAACAGACCAUCCAGCCAUUGUUAAGUCAGUUCAUUAAAAUUUGUGGGUUGCAUGAACCGAGAAUGAUUAAUAUGCUCUCUUGCCACAUCAGCAAGAACAGUGUUAGUGAAGCUAUUGGGUUUUCCAGUUACAUGGACAAUGGCAGUGUUCCUGUCAGUGUUCUAAGGGGAGCUGUAUAUGCACUAAAGAGGGAAGGUCGAAUUCUGGAUGCAUGCAACUUUUUGAAGGACGCUGAACAAAAUGGUUAUUCAGUGGAUCUCGCCAUGUACUCCAUUGUUGUGGAAGGCCUUUGUAAAGGUGGUUAUCUUGAGAAGGCAUUAGACCUAUGCGAAAGCAUGAAAAAAGAAGGGAUUCAUCCAAACAUUAUCAUCCAUAACUCAGUUCUGAAUGGUUUGUGCCAGCAAGGAUGCCUUACUGAAGCAUUCCGGCUCUUUGACUACUUAGAAAGCAGCAAACUGCUUCCAACGCUGAUCACUUACUCUAUACUUAUAGCUGCUUUGUGCAGAGAAGGUUUCUUGGAUGAUGCAUAUGAGUUUUUUCAGAAAAUGUCCAACAAGGGUAUUAGACCCACCACACAUGUCUACAACUUGCUAAUAAGUGGUUACUGUAACUACGGGUUAACUGACAAAGCACUGGAGCUUGUGUCACAUUUUGGGGAAAUAUUGCUACUCCCAGAUGCUUUUACACUUGGUGCAAUAAUUAAUGGACUCUGCCUGAAAGGUGACAUUGAAUCUGCACUAGGCUUCUUUAAUGAAUACCUUCAUAAGGAGAUGGUUCCAGAUUUUGUUGGCUUCAUGAGCCUGGUCAAAGGACUCUAUGCAAAAGGAAGGAUGGAAGAAGCUAGGAGCAUCUUGAGAGAGAUGUUUCAGUGCAAAGAAGUUGCACAAUUUAUAGACAGUGUUGGGGAUGAGAUCCAAGCAGAAUCUCUUGUUAGCCUUCUAUUUUCUGCAUGUGAGCAAGGGAGAAUUAAUGAGGUCGUGACUGUCCUAAAUGAAGUGGCACUCAUGUCCGUAUCCUCUUCAGAUUCUAGUAGUUGUAGCACGCUUACUCACCUAAAGAAGGUAGAGGCGCCUGAGGCUUGUGAUCAACCCAUGGAUUCUGGACAAGCUGUAUAUUUAGCUACUUAUGAUGUUUCUAGCAAUUGCCUUCAUGAAAGUUCUGAACGUACAGUUCAACCCAUGAUAGAUGGAGCUGAGAAUUUAUGCACACCAAGUGAUGAUAUUGAUCUUUACUAUGGUAAUUUGCUACGGAAGUCUUUCCAUGAUGACUUUGAUACAUAUUAUCCAGCAAUUGCUUCACUUUGCUCAAAAGGGGAACUGCUUAAGGCCCACAAAGCAAUUGAAGCAAUGAUCCAGAACUCUAGUUGAAUUUGGUAGGUAAUUUAAGUGCAUUCUGUUAGGGACGUAUUGCUGGUUCACAGUAUCAUCGUUGGCAAAUGAAGUGGCUUGUAACUUGUGAGGAAAAUAUCUGUCAACAUAUUUUACCAUAUUGGCAGUUGGCGAAAAGAGGGUUCCUAAAGAACCCUGACAGUCCUCAGGUUCCCAACUUCCAAUAGUUAAAGAAGUCCUCUGAUGGUGGACAUACGAUACAUGAGACAAAUGUCGAAGCUAGCACGGCUGGAGUACUAGGGUAACUCAUGAAGAGUAGGUGGAUACGUACUAUGAGUUUGGACUCCAAACUCAGAAUUUGGCUAAACUGCAGGAACUAUGUUAACUGAGCACCAUAGCUUUGUGAAGACAAGUAUACUAUAGCAAAGGAGAAGCACACACCUUGACA